AUGGCGUGGGGAAAUCGCAUUCUCCCUCGUGUUAUCACGAUGGGAGACGUGAUAACAAUGACCUCCACCAUUGAGAAGGAGGAGCGGGUCAUGGUGAAAGCCUACGAGCAGGAGCGCGAAGCCCAUCGCCAAGCGAAGAGGCGUCAGCAGAAGAAGCUACUGCGAGAGGAGCAGGACCAGAGGCGACGGCGCCAUCGUGACCGUGGCGCGGCCCUUCUCGAAGAGGGAGCCUCUGCAGCGAGCUCAUCUCGGCUCUCCGCGUCCGCUUCGAGUCCAUCGCUCUCAGGGACCAGCAGUUCCAGCAAAGAUCAUGAACCGGCAGUUCCAGAAGACCUGAAGGGCUUGUCCAACUUCCCGCUGGUGGAAGAUCUGCUCAUCAAGAUUCGCGUGCAUGAGGACAGAGAUGGACGAGUUCCAAAGCUUCGCUUUGUUCCCAGGGCGAAUCCCGCCCAUUGGGUGCCGGGCAGCCGGAUGUACGUGGAUUACAAGCCCGAGUUCUACCUCGAGUGA